CCAUUUUCUUGCCACCUAACUCCCCCCACCAUGCCGUCUCAACGCGAUGUCGGGCGCGUCGUAAUGGACGUGGCGUUCUUCGCCGCCUCGCAAGUCGCGCUAUACUAUGCGCUGAGAUACGUCCUCUCCUCGAUCUCGGAUACACAGCCCUCGAAGAAGAAGGAGAAGGGGGAGAGCCUGCUCUCGCAGUCCGGGCUGUCGAAGGAGCAGCUGGCGGCCCUCGAUCUAGACGAGUACGAAAGCACGAUCGCGGGCGAGAUCAUCCCGCCGUCGAGCAUCGACACGACGUUCGAGUCCAUCGGCGGGCUGGACGACAUCAUCUCCUCGCUCCGCGAAACCGUCAUCUACCCGCUGACGUACCCCGAGCUCUUCGCGGCGGGCGGCUCGCUGCUCGCCGCGCCCCGCGGCGUGCUCCUCUACGGACACCCGGGAUGCGGGAAGACGAUGCUCGCCAAGGCGCUCGCGAAAGAGUCCGGCGCAACAUUCAUCAACCUCCCCCUCUCGAGCCUGACGAGCAAGUGGUUCGGCGAGUCGAACAAGCUCGUCAACGGCCUCUUCUCGCUCGCGCGCAAGCUCCAGCCCUCGAUCAUAUUCAUCGACGAGAUCGACUCGCUCUUCCGCGAGCGCAGCCAAGCCGACCACGAAGUCACGGGCAUGCUCAAGGCCGAGUUUAUGACGCUGUGGGACGGGCUUACGUCCGGCACGGACAGAAUCCUCGUGCUCGGCGCCACGAACCGCCCCAACGACAUCGACCCCGCGAUUUUGCGCCGCAUGCCCAAGCGCUUCCCCAUCCGCCUGCCGAACCUCGAGCAGCGCGUCAAGAUUCUCAACUUGAUGCUCGCGCAUACCAAGCUCGCACCAGAGUUUAGCAUCGACGAGCUCGCGCGCCGCACCGACGGCCUUUCGGGCUCGGACCUCAAAGAGACGUGUCGGAACGCAGCGAUGGUGCCCGUCCGCGAGUUUAUGCGGGAGCGGGGCGGGAGCGGGCUCGAAGCGGCCAAGAAGGACGGGUUCAAGGUCCGCCCCCUCGCCCUCUCCGACUUUGCCGUGCACGACAGCCAUGCGUACGCCUACGUCGACCCGAGCAAGAAGGCGCCCACGCCCGCAUUUGUCGAGGCAUUGGAUUAGCGAGGCAGGCGGUAUCCAAUUGUCAGCCGCCAGCCAACUUGGCGACGGCGCGGCCCCCGCACACGAGGCGCAUCUCCAGACUAGACGACUGAUAGACAGUACUGUUGUAGACUACCAUCUGCACUAUUCCCCGCGU